AAUGGUUGUUGUUUCAACAUUGGGAAUUUUGUCGACAAGAGUUAUUACAGACAAUUUACACCUGCUAAGUAGGAUUUGUAGAGAAAACUCUAUUAUCAUACCCAGCCUAAUCGGUACACAAAUAUUCGAAUUCGCCAAUAGUUUUGAUGAACCGUUUACGGUGAACGAAUUGAAUUUUUUCACAAAUGACAUUGUAUCGUUAAGCUCAGUCUCUUUAAAAGGAGCGAAAUACGGAAAAGCAAAAGAUUUAGCUUUCCUAACUAAUCAUCCAAUUAAGAGUUUGACGCUGUACGCGUUUAGUUCCAUUUUCAACUUGCCAACGUUAUAUACACUUGAACAUCUACACUUGAAAUAUUGCAAUCUACAAGAUUUCGAAUAUCUUUCUCUAGGUGAACAACUGCUGGAUUGUCCCCAUUUAAAGAGUUUAACGUUUGAGAAAAUCACCAAUGCUGGUAUUAUCUUUAAAGUAAACCUCUCCGAGCCAAAGGCAUCUUUGAAUUCUCUUUCUAGUAUCUCAAUAACAAGGUGUGAUUUGACGGAGGAGGAAGGCUUUAUAAUAGGAGAGUUUCUAGAAAAGUGUACCAGUUUACAAGAGUUUGAUUUGAGUUUUAGCGGAAAUUGUUGGGGAGAUUCGUUUCAGAAGAUAUGCGACGGAUUAAAAUCAUCUUCGAAAUAUCUAUCAAAGGUUAACCUUCACAAUUGCGGAUUGACUGAAAGGGAGAGCGUCUACUUGGGCGAUUUAUUAGAAGAAUGCAAUUCACUACAGGAAAUUGAUUUGAGCUCGAAUUCAAAGUGUUGGAGAGGAUUUGAGAGAAUAUGCUCCGGAUUGAAAUGCUCAUGGAAAUCUCUGCACAGCAUUCAUCUUCCAUUCUGUAAUCUAGACGAGGAACAAAGCUUCUGGCUAGGCGAUUUACUUCAACAAUGCAAUAAUAUACAAGACAUUAGUCUAUGUUACAAUUCAAACACCGGAAGUGGAUUUGAGAAAAUAUGUAAAGGAUUAAAAUCGUCGUCGAAUUCUCUAUUCAAUCUCAACUUGUACGGUUGUCAAUUGACGGAGGAGCAGAGCAUUUGGUUGGCGAAUUUCCUGGAGGCAUGCCACUCGUUAAAGAACGUUAAUUUGGUAUAUAUAACAAACAGUGAGAGUGGAUUUAUUACGAUAUGCGAUGCGUUAAAGUCAUCUUGUAAUUCCCUGUCGACAAUUGCUGUCUAUUUAGUGAAUUUGAAUAAAGAACAAAGCGUAUCGUUGGGCGAUUUACUGGAAAAGUGCACUCGUCUGGAAGAUAUCAAUAUAGAUUAUCUAUGCAAUUGCGAUGAUGGAUUAAGUAGUAUUUGUAACGGAUUAACAUCUUCAUCAAACACUCUAUCAACAAUCCACGUGGAGAAUUGUGCAUUCACCGAAGAACAAAGCGUUUGGAUGGGAGAUUUCUUGAAAGAAUGCCAUUCGUUAAAAACGAUUAUAUGGAAUAAUAAAUGUCACGGAUUCAAGAACAUCUGCAACGGAUUAAAGUCGUCUUCGAAUUCUCUAUUGAAAAUAGACUUUCGCUAUAAUCUCUUUACGGAGGAUGAAAGUUAUUGGUUGGGCGAAUUUUUAGAAGAAUGCACUCGCUUGGAAAGUGUUAAUUUAGGAAAUUGUAAGAAAUUUCGUAAUGGAUUUGUUAAAGUAUGCCUCGGAUUGAAAUCAUCGUCCAAUUCUCUUUUCAAACUGAAACUUAACAAAUGCUCACUAACCGAUGAACAGUGUUGUUGUCUAGGCAACCUGUUGAGUGAAUGUAAUUCAUUACGAAUACUGCAUAUUGAUAAUUUUAUGUGCAGCGGAAGUGGUUUUAGGAAAGUACUGAGCCGACAGACUUCAUUGGCCAAUUCGCUUGUUAAAUUUAGCUUUAAGAAUAGUUUAAAAGUUGAGGAGCAUUUCAACAGUGUUGGUGAAUUUUUGAAAGAGUGUAAAGGGUUGAAAAAAGCUGAUUCGAGUUAUAAUUAUUCACUGGGAAAAUGUUAUAGUAAAGUGUUUGAUGGUUUAAAAUCCUCUUCGAAAUCUCUAUUGAAAUUAAACCUUUCCGAUUGUCGUCUGACUAAGGAGAAUAGCGUUUGCUUGGCCGACUUUCUAACGGAAUGUUGCUGUUUGGAAGAUGUUUAUUUAAGUCAUAAUUACAAUAUGAGAGAUGGAUUUGAGAAAAUAUGCGACGGACUAGUCUCGUCUUCUAAUUCUCUUCUUUCGCUUUGCGUUUUGGAAUGUUACUUCACCGAAGCUCAAACUAACUGGCUACGUAAUCUGUUGUCUAGUUGCCGCGUAUUGCAGAGCGUUUCACUUGGCGUAAACGUCGACAUAUAA